GCCUUUGUACGUAACACAUGUUAAAGCGAAACUCAAUCGUUCAGACUACACUGUAUAUUCUGUGGAUUAUUACACAACAAUAAAAGGAUUAAAUAAUCAUGACUGUUACGGAUUUACUUGCUUCAAAAAUGGCCCAUGAGGACAGAUUCUACAUGGCCAAAAUUGGUGAUGCCGUGAAAGACGUUGUCAGCAUGGCUGCUUUGAACGAGAGACUGGUUCUGGGUGCGAUGCCCAGUGCCGAGUUUCUGGGAGAGGAGGCAGACAGCGUGGCCCUUUGUCUUUUGCUGGAGAAUAAAUCGGACGAUGUCCUCAUUAACAUCCAGCACAAACUGGUGGAGGCCUACUGUUGGGAAAAUGACAUCCCCCUUCUGAAGGUGGACAGUGAAGAUAAAGUCCGAAAGAUCCUGGCAUCAGAGGGCGAUCAGAACAAUAACGAACCCACUGACCUGUCUUGCAUACUAGUUAAGAAUGCAGACAAAUUGUCAUCAUCUGAAUCCAUGCUGGCUGACUUCUUUGAUUACAUCAUUAAGAACGAGAUUGAACCAUUCCCUGUGAUAACCUUACCGGAGUGACGUAGUGCAGUGAGCAGUACCGCGUGAUGCUCAGCAGCCCACUGAGUAAUUGAACUCAUCUCACUGCACGUGAACCCUGCUUCUGGCAGCGACGUCUGCACGGAUCGAAAUCAGGUCGAUCCUUACAGCCGAUAGACUCGCGCCAAAAAGCACGUGUUCCUAUGACAGGGACUCCGUGCACAUGGUACACAUGUGCUUCUCCCGACAUGUCUACAGGACAUACAUGGCCACACAUGGUGUACAUGUCCAUCAUAGACAAAUGUAUUGUUUUUGUGAUACUUUGUAAAGACUUGAUGGAUUUUAUUUUACAUUUGCAUAAUGACUAUGCAUCUAAGAAACUGAUUCAAUGCAGUAAGCACUGCUUCGGAUGUUGGAAAUUAUUGUGAAUGAAUUUGUUGAGAAAUUAAUAAAUAUAGAAAAAUUAUGAAA